UAUCUCCACCCCUUUAUUUCCCUCCUGGGACUAUUGGCUGCUGCCCCUUUAAGGGCCGCCACUCCUCCCAGAACUGGUGGCACCGGGGGGGAAGGCCGAGCUUUGCUGGCCCCAGUCCGGCGGGGAAGAUGGCCCAGGCCAGGGGAGCCUCUCCCACGCCCUGCCACCCCCUCCCCUAAGCUGGGUGAACUCGGCAAUCCCCUCUCCUUCUUUCCCUCCCCUGCGCCUCGGUCGGGAAUGGCUCCGUGGCCCCAUGAGAACAGCUCUCUGCCCGAGUGGCCAGACCACCCAACGGUAGCGUCCGCCGUCACCAACACUAGCGGGCUGUCCGCGGCACCGUGGGCAGCAGCGGUAGCAGGGGCGCUUUUGGCUCUGGCUGUAUUAGCCACCGUGGGAGGCAACCUACUAGUCAUCGUGGCCAUCGCCAGGACCCCACGGCUCCAGACCAUGACAAACGUGUUCGUGACUUCACUGGCUGCGGCUGACCUGGUGGUGGGGCUCCUGGUGGUGCCCCCGGGGGCCACCUUGGCGCUGACGGGACAGUGGCCAUUCGGCGCCACGGUUUGUGAGCUGUGGACCUCGAUCGAUGUGCUGUGUGUGACCGCCAGCAUCGAGACUCUUUGCGCCCUAGCCGUGGACCGCUACCUGGCAGUGACCAACCCACUGCGCUACGGCGCCCUGGUUACCAAGCCCCGCGCCCGAGCGGCUGUCGUCUUGGUCUGGGUCGUGUCCACCGCAGUGUCCUUCGCGCCCAUCAUGAGCCAGUGGUGGCGCGUAGGAGCCGACGCCGAGGCACAGAGCUGUCACUCCAACCCCUUCUGCUGCGCCUUCGCCUCCAAUUUGCCCUACGCCCUGCUCUCCUCCACCGUCUCCUUCUAUCUUCCCCUGCUCGUCAUGCUCUUUGUCUACGCUCGGGUCUUCGCUGUGGCUACUCGCCAGCUGCGCCAGCUGCGUCGGGAGCUCGGCCGCUUCCCCCCAGAAGAGCCCCCUCCUUCCCCGCUGCCCCCUUCCCAAGGAACGCCCUGCACCCGUCCUGGGAGGGUCCAUUCUUGCAGCCGCCGACCAGCGCGCCUGCUGCCCCUUCGGGAGCACCGGGCCCUGCGUACCCUGGGUCUCAUCAUGGGCACCUUCACCCUUUGCUGGCUGCCCUUCUUCGUGGCCAACGUGGUGCGCGCCCUCGGGGGGCCUGCGCUGGUUCCCAGUUCGGCAUUCCUCGCCCUCAACUGGCUUGGCUACGCCAACUCUGCCUUCAAUCCCCUGAUCUACUGCCGCAGCCCCGACUUUCGCAGCGCCUUUCGCCGCCUGCUGUGCCGCUGCGGCCGCCGCCUGUACGCUCGGCCGCGCUCCCCGUGUCCCCGCCGUUGCCUUCCCCGGACUCCUGAAGCCUCCCCGGAUCCAACCUCCGGAGUCGCGGGUGCGGUCAAGGUUGCCCAGAGUCAGGGGGUAGAAGAUGGGGACCAAGGCCGUGAGGCAAGGCGGCAGGGGACGCUCUCUGUGGGAGGGACAGCGGGAGGUGACUCAGACUGCCCAGUGCCCACAGCUUGAGGGGUAGGUACCAAGGAGUGAAGGGCCCUGGUACUGAGAUAAUGAAGGAUACUUUGUGCCUUGCGCUAGAAACUUUUUAAAAAAGAAGAUUGGGGGGUGGGAACGCGUCAGGAUAGGGAAAGGUGAAGAAGUAUCGAGGGGCGAAAGAAUCUGCUUAGAAAAGGGGGUUCAGAAGUAGGGAACUCGGAAUUCUUAUCUAUUGUAAAUCUGGGGCUAGAGGGAGAGUUGGCCCUUGGAGGAACACUGCAUUCUUCAGCCGUCUGAAAGCUGGAGUGCAGAGAGGGAGGGCGGUGCCCCAUCCUGGGACGAAGGGCUACUACCCAACUUCGAGCUCUAGGGUGGGGUAGGGUCGGCGGGGCUGUGGUGGCUACAAUUCGGGUCGCAGAUCGUUGCCUUCAGUACAAGCGCCAAUUCCCAGCUCUCUCAGGACUGAAGCCCAGAUGAUUUCAGCCUCCAUCUCUGCCCUUCCAAAGAUUUGGCAGAUCCGGAGCGAACCUGCCCACAGGCUGCUUGGAGAGUUAGUGAGAGUGAAAAUUCUUCCCCAGGAGGAGGGGACAGGGUGGAGGUGUAAGGUUAGGGAGUGGUAAUGACUCCAUCUCUCUAGGCAUUACUCAUUAUUUAAUGAUUUUGUCCUAAAUCCCGUCCAGGAUUCACCUGUCCCUACUCCUUUUUACAUCCCUCCCCCCCUCCCCUCUCCAUCUCCAGUGCCCUAUUUUCCUCCUUUCCCCAGACUCAAGAUGUCUAUGCCUUUCAGGACUUUUUGAGGAGUUCCUUGCCUUGGAUUGCAGCUGACCGAAACUGCAGUUGUUCAUUGACCCAGACCCCUUGAAAGAUCCGGGGAGCUCGGUCAGACUGUGUCAGAGACGGGGGUCUGUGGAGUGGUGAAACUGCCCGAGCUACGCCCUUGCCUUACACCCUGUGCCCUCCAGGACCAGCUAUCUGUUGCUAUAAGUAAAGGAGCUUGUUAGUUGAGAGAGAGUAGAUCUUCCUAGUUCCUUCCAGAUGUUACAGAGAAAAUGGAGUCAGCUGCCAAAGCACCGACCUACACGGAAUAUAACCUAUCACUACCUCAGUAAGGGGGUGUAUCUUUUCAAUCUGCCCUCAUUAGUCCCAGGAGCAGUAGGGAUAAGCAUUUAUGUAGGGGGCACCCCAUCUUUCUCACGUUGGUGCUGCAUAAUCGGAUCUCAGGACAACGAGAGCAUCCCCGUUCCAUUCCUUCAGUUUCCUAGAUCAGGAGAUGGUGGCAACUCAGAGGAUCUUUUGCAGUUUUCAAGCCUUUAGGAAUAUUCCCUACAUGCUGCUGCCCAGUGGUAAGAGUAAGGGAUAGGAGAAAUCCAAAAGUCUGGAUUUUGUUCCUAGCUUCAUUUCACCACUAAGCCUCAUUUACCCUUAUUUUUUUGGAGAGAGAACAACUCAUAUCUACCUCACAGUACUAUCAGAGGGACUCCUAUUGUUGUGUGUGUGUGCAUGUGGGAAGGGUACGCCCUUGAAAGUUUCUAUAAACUUCUCGUGUUUAUAAAAAGGUGAACCUAUUCUGUUGUUUUAAAAUCGAGUCAAUAAAUGUCACUACAUAAACGAAUUUCUUGCCCCUUUCUUCUCACUCCUUUUCCUUCCUGCCGCUGAUUCAUGUUCCUCUUUCCCCUACUUACUCCUUUAUCUUGGGCUAGCUCCCAACACAUCCAGUAAAUUAGAGAUAAUCUUCAUAACCAACCUUCCUCCCCUUUUCAUCAAAUCCCUCCAAACUUUUAUCUUCAAGUUAAGCCACAAACUAUUUUGGCGAAGGAGCCUGGGACUAUUCAGAAAUUAGGGCUUCUCCAUUUGAAAUAUGAUUAAAUAGCAAAGUGAUGGACCUUAGUAUAGAAAUUAGUUGGACCCCAAUUCAGGGUAUAUUUUGCCCACCUUGCUGUGAGCCUGAGGUGGGUACCAGGAACCCAGGACAUCCAGGAAGUGGUUUUGUAUAACACCAUACUUAUUAGUAUAUAUGUGUUUAUGUGUAUAGCUGGGUCAUAGUGCAUUGUUAUAAGCCAAUGAGAGAAGAUGUAUCAUGCUGUAAAUAUGUCCUGAUCAUCAUCUUUGCUCCCUAUCCCCAUUCCCUAUUGCCUACAGAAAUCUUUUAUCUAUUUCAAAGUAAAACUAUGCUUUAAAACAUUUCUAUGCUUAUUUUUAAACUUCUUUGGUCUGGAUCUAUGAUUUGAUUGAUGUGAGAGUUAUUAGUGAAGAAAUUCCCAUUCACUGUUCCAGAUCUACAAUUUGUCUGUAACUCGUUGUUUUCGAGUUGUUUUGGGAUCUUGAGAGUUUAGUUGAUUUGUCCAUAAUUGCACUAUUAAUUAAGUAUCAGAGGCAGGACUUAUACCUUGAGCUUCCUUAUUUCAAGGUCCCCUAGGUCCCCUAGUCUGCUUCUGAUGCUUUUUUUUUUUUUUGUAAAUUUGGGAAAAACCUCUUGCUUGAUGACAUUUGCAACAGAUUUUGUCCACAUUAGUUUAUAGAAUAAUUGAUCAACACAUUUAUUGAGUACAUGCAAAGCACUGCGGAUGAUGGAAAAAAAGAAUAAGCCAUGGUUUCUGUGUUCCAGGAUGUUAGACGUUUGUAUAUUGGUAUUAGAGUAUGAAUGAGAUCUGGAUUGUGUUGUCUAAUCAUUUCCUAGGGAACUAAGUUUCAUUAGUUGGGAUGUACAUCUCCCAAGAAUGAUUUGUUUCCUUUUUGUUCAAAGCGCUGCUCCAUCUCUGGAGUUGGAGACCCUGGAAGGUUUCUUGGCAAAGUCUCUGGUGGCCUUUGAAGGAUGGCUCUUAUUGAGAAUAGGAGGAAGAUUUUGGUUUGGCCCAGGGGAGGGUAAAGACUCCAUAUUGCCUCCUAAACCAGUAGACUUGGGAGUGGGAGAAGGGUGAUUUGGAGAGGCUCACAUUAGUAGAAACGUCCUGAAUAUUGUCCACGAGUUCCUUGUGCCAGGGGUCCACUGGCUCUCUUCUGUGCUAGCUGUCAGACCCAGGUUUGAAUGUUUAGACUUGUGGGCUCCAUCUGGGGAUUGUCACCCCUGUGUCUGACAGCUCAAGAGGCAGCAGCUCUUGGCACUUCUCCAGAAAUCCAUGGUCCAGCUGCAAAGAGAGAGAGAUUUACAUCCUUGGUGGGGAGCAAGCUGCUCUUGGAACCCGUUGCUGGCAAUCUAAAGGGUGGAAGUCAAACAUCCAAUCCGUGAACGGAGGGAUGUGAAAACUUACAGACCAGCUGGAAAGAGCCUGUUGGGCCUCACGUUGCCUUCUAAGAGAACUGCAGCCACUAGUGAGAUUAAUGAUUCACUUUGGUUUUUUUUUUUUUUGGGGGGGGAGAGGGAAAGUACCUAGGGAAGUGAGGAUGGAGUAGAGGAUGGAGUGAAAGUGAGUUUUCCAAAGGCUCAUCCCCUCUGUCAAGAGCAGAACCAAGGAACCUGUUGGCAAGUAACAUGGUAUAGAGGAGAAAGUGCUGAAUUUGGAGUCAGGAGACAGACUCUGAUACUUAUGUGUGAUGUAUAAAUCACCUAAAUUUCCAUGUCCUAAAAUGUAAAAUGAGGAUGUCAGGUUAGAUGAUCAGGGGCACUCAAGAUGAGAUAGCAAUCUUUCAUUCUACAAGCAUUAAACUCCAGCAACAAGGAGACCUUGGAUUCAAGUUUGUCCUCUGACAUCUCCUGGCUAGGUGACCCUGAAAGACUCACAUAACUCCAUAUUGCCCCAUAUCCUCUAAAAUUACAAAUUGUAAAUGGAUCAGUUUGUCUUGGUGGAGGGAGCUUCCUCACUGAAAAUUCCCCAUAUGGGCCAGCUAGAUGUCAAAGUGGAUACAGUGUUGGCCCUGAAGAGUCAGGAGGACCUGGAUUCAAAUCUGUCCUCAAUGAUUU